GAACGUCCACAGGUCGGGGGUCACGCCGGAGGAGAUGGCGGCCGGCUACGACGAGUGGUCCGAGAACUACGAGGAGAUGAUGAUCUGGAAAGGCGGGUACCGUGGCCCCGCCAUCACGCUGGAGGAGGCGCUGCGUUGGGUACCCCCGGAGCGGCGAGCCAAGGCCAGGGUGCUGGACGUGGCCGCCGGGACGGGCUGCGUGGGCCGCGAACUCCACCGGGAAGGCUUCAGCCACUCCCACAGGCACAUAGACGCUGUGGACCCGUCGGAGGGCAUGAUGAAGCAGCGGGAGACUGGCAUCUAUACCAACGACUUCCUGGAGUUUAUCGGCAGCGGACACUCCACCGUGCCCAAAGGAGGCUUCGUGAUCAUCGUGAUGCGCCAUGAGUACCUACAGACCGUGCCUUCCUACAAGGACAAGCUGGAGCCUUACAUGGACCAGCUGGAGGCGGACGGGAAGUGGAAGAAGUCACCGCCGAGGGGCCUAAGACUACCCACAUGCUGUCCUGAAGACUACCCACCAACCCGGACUCUAGAAGAAGCUAUGCAAGUGAAAUCAAGAAUGAUCUCCGGGGGACAGCAUGAGCCAAUAAUAAUUGCAGCACUAUAAACAAUU